UGGAGGGGAUGAGGUUUGAGGAAGGGGUUAGAGUGCAGCUGGCGUUGGAGGGGGGAGACAUGGAGAAAUUGGAGAUUGAGGAGGAGGACAUGGAGAAGCUGGGCAUUGUUGACAGGGUCGAAUCUGGCCACUCCUCGCUCCUGGGGUUUACACCAGGGCUGGUGGAGGUAGGAGGGGGAGGUACUGGGGGUGAUAACAAGCCCCUGAAGUGCUCGGUCUGCGCCAAAGGUUUCCGUUACCGCUACGGGUUGGAGCGGCAUGAGUGUACCCACCGGACAGAGAGGCCCCACAAGUGCCCGCUGUGCGGCAAAGCAUUCAAACACACCUCUGGCCUGGUGAACCACCAACGCAUCCACGCCCAGGAGCGCCCGCACAUCUGCCCGACUUGCGGGAAGACCUUCAAGUACCGGUACUGCCUGGCACGUCACGAGUGUGUUCACAGCCAGGAGCGCCCGCACGCCUGCCCGACUUGCAGCAAGGCCUUCAAGCACCCCUCAGGCCUACUCAAGCACCAGCGGGUGCACACCCGUGGCAGGCCGUUCGUGUGCCCUGUCUGCGGCACCGCCUUCACACACCCCUCCAUCCUCCGGCGGCACCAGGCAGUGCACGCUGAGGACCGGCCCAUCCGCUGUGAGGAGUGCGGCCGUGGCUUCUACUACCCGUCAGCCCUGAGGAAGCAUCAGCAGAGCCAUGGUAAGGCCGCCGGCGGCACACCGCCGUACUUACGGACGUACCGGUCACCAGGAUCCGGCGCAGUACCGCCAGACCUGAAGCCGUGCAAGUGCUCAGAGUGCGGCAAGGCGUUCAAGAAGUCCUCGGAUCUGGUGAUGCACCAGCGGGUGCACACCGGUGAGCGGCCCUAUGUCUGCGCCCUGUGCGGCAAGGGGUUCAAGCAGCCGUCGGGACUCAUCCGGCACCGGAUUGUGCACACAGGUGAGCGUCCCUUCAAGUGCCCGGUGUGCGAGAAGAGCUUUACAAUCCUGUGCACGCUUAGGAAGCACCAGCGGCUCCACACCGGCGAGAAACCCUUCCAGUGCCCAGAGUGUGGCCAGCGCUUCACCCAGUCCCACCACUUGGUCUCGCACCAGCGCAUCCACACCGGCGAAAAGCCAUUUGCCUGUCCAGUCUGCGGCAAGGCCUUCAAGCAGCCAUACCAACUGGUGGAGCACCGGCGGGUUCACACAGGUGAGAGGCCCUUCGUCUGCCCGGUAUGUGGCCGCGGUUUCAUCCAGUCAUCUCACCUGAAGACCCACCAGCACCUGCACACCGGCGAGCGGCCCUUCAAAUGCAGUGACUGUGGCAAGGGCUUCAUCCUGUCCUCCCACCUCAUCAAGCACCAGCGCAUCCAUGCCAAAGAGUCCUACUGACCGGAGGCUGGGGGCGAAAGGGGGUUACCAAGCUCACCAGGAAUGGAACACAUCACACGGCAGGGACACGGCACUAAACCUCCCACCACCGGCAACAAACAGGAAUGGACCAGACAUUGCCGACACGAUACCGAUGACUGAACCUGACCGUGAUAGGACCAAGGAUUGCUGCCACCGACCAGGGAUUGGAGAUCACUGACCGACAUCAGAGAUCAUCGACUGGGACUAGGGAUCAGGUCAGAGAUCCACCACAACUUAGCGGGAUCGGUGAUCAUUGACAUUAACCGGGAUUGGUGUAAAGGACCCUGACAUUGACCCGGAGUUCACUGCCACUGUCAAGGAUCCUGACAUUGGUCAGGAUCAGACCAGGGAUCACAGACACUGGCUGGGAUCAUGAAAACAGAGACUGCCUGGUAUUAGAGAUUGCCAACGCAGACUGGGACCAGAGAUCACCAGCACUCACUAGGAUCAGACCAAGGAUCACUGGCAUUGAUCAGGAUCAGGGAUCACUGGCAGGGAUCAGAGAUUACCAACGCUGACUGGGAUCGAAGAUCACUGACACUGACCCAGAUCAGAGAUCAGCAGCUGUCCCUCAAGAUCCCUGCAGUCACUCCUCCCCGACCCCCAACCUCGCCCUCUCCCUCCCCAGCUCCCACCAUCUUAUGAUGCUGUGGUCCAUCCAUCACUGAGCUGCUGCCCCUGAAUGGCUGUCCUUUGCAAGUCCUCUCCCUUUGGAAAAGGGAAUAUUGAGCUGACGGUGUAGCCUGCAUUCCCCAACAUGGAAGCCACGUGUCCAUAAUUGACUGAAGAUUGCAACGCGAGACAAUAACAGCAAACUUCAGCCUGACCCUCGGUCUCAUCCUUCUUUCCAACUCACCCGCUUCCCCCCCACCCCCAAAACAGACUAUCCCACCAUC